AUGUCAAAACGUUCAUCACCGGGGAGUGAUGACGACUCUCCUGGUGCAGAUGAACCACUUUAUAAUAAACGAAGACUUGUUGAAUUUGAACCCAUUCGCAUCUGUUCAGUCAGCGGGACGAGUGAUAUCGAUGCAAAAGUUUUGGCGGUUCAGCAUUGCAAGUUAUCUGAACGUUUUCAUCUCAAGGAACGUCAGACGACACAAUUACAGCAUCGCGUCGAACAGUUAGAAAGUAGACAAGCUCAGGAUGAUGCGAUGAUGUGCACUAUUAACCGUUUCUGGAAUCUAUUCGAUGAAAAUGUUAGGACGUUGCUGCAAAGGUUCGAUGCCGAAACAGCGGUGGAAGGUGAGAUCAAAAUGGAAUGUGAAGAAACUAAAAGUUUCCUUGCAAAACUAGCUCAUUGGGACGAUGGAGAGACUGAAGAAAAAUUGAAGCAACGGGUAGAAUUCAGUCGUCGAGCAAUAUCGAAACUGAUUCAAGUGUUUGAUCAUAUUACACAAAGAAAUGGAAAAAUUGCAGAAAUGAUAGCAUCUUGUUCAACAACAGAUGAGAGUCCAAAUGACGGUGCUUCUACAUCCGAUGGAAGACCAACUGUAAAUGCCAUGUUGGUAAAAAGGAAUACCGAGUUAAAUGAAGAAAACAUAAAACUGCAAAAAAUGAUUACGAAAUUGCAGUCAGAAAACCACAGUCUUUCAUCCAAAGUGUCAGCUCAAGAAGAUAAAUUGACGAUAAUAGACACUCGUAAACAAGAAAUGGAUAACAGUUUGGAAGAGAUGAAGUAUGAGUUGGAAAAAGCAAUGCGUCGCGAGUACAAACUUGAUUUUCGUCUUGCGGAGUAUGUGAAGAAAACACACGAUCUGGAAAUGAAUUUGAUGAAAGCAUCAGCAGCGAAUGGUCCAAAUAAUACAAAUAAUACGAAACCAGAUUCAUCCCCAACAGCCAGUGUGAAUAAAUCAAAACUGGAAGAACUGGAGCAAAAUCUGGAAAUUCAAACCGAAUUGGCUGCUUCUCGCUUACAGGAAUUGCAAGAAAUGUUGGAUAAGAAUAAGAAUCUGACGAAGCAAGUUGAAAAUUUAAAAAUGAAUUUAAAGAACAUUCCCACAGAAGUCAUUAGGACGUCUAUUGAAUAUACUACUCUACAGUCGCAGUUCUCUUCACUUUUUACAGAAGCAAAUCAGAUGAGGCAACAAAUUGAAACGGCGAAGUCGCAGUUGGCUGCCUUACGUAGCGCUCAUUUUAAGCAGAUCGAAGUUAUGGAGAGUGAGGAGUGUCAGGCUCGCGAACAAAUGCAAGAUACAAUGAAUAGGCAUGAAGAAGAAUUGUAUCAAGUUCGAAGGGAGUAUGAAAUGUUACGCUUGGAGUUCGAACAGAAUCUUUCUGCUAAUGAGCAAUCAGGCCCACUGAAUAAAGAAAUUCGUCUGAUGCUUGCAUCAGCAAAAGCUGAAAAUCAGCAAUUGAAACAAGAAGCAAGUCGUUUCAAGAGGAAGUGGAGGGAAGCUGUUUCUUCAUUAGCCAAAUGCAAUAAAGAGUUAGAAAGCGAGAGACGUUAUCGUGAAAGAUGUUUGCUGAUUGAAAUAGAAGAUGAUAACGAUGCUUUGGCAUCACCGGAUCAGGAUAGAAAUACUACGGAGCCUUCAGAGUCAAUAUUGCAUGAUGGUGGAAGCUGUGAAUACAGCAAUGAAAUUGAUGGUGAUAACGAUGUUGGAACACAUCCGAAUAGAGUUGUACAGAAGCUAAAGAAAAAAGUUGCGGAUUUGCAGUUGAAAAUAGAUGCUCUAAAUGCACUAACAGCUGAACAAAGGGAACGAGUUGAGCUGUUGGCGCGAGAAAGAAGGCUGAAACUUGAAAAUGAUAAGCUGCAGCUUCAUAUUAAAAAACUUGUUGGCGCCGAUCAUAGAGAGAAAAUGAAAUAUUAUUCGGACGAAGCGCAAAGAAAAAUCAGAAGUCUAGAAGAAACAGCAGAUCGCCUUCGUAAGGAAGCUCAUUCCGCGAGGCAAGAAGAAGAAGGUCUCAUGAACGAUGUUGAAACUACGGGUCAGGCAUUUGAAGAAAUGCAGGAACAGAAUACUAGAUUACUACAGCAACUUAGGGAAAAGGAUGAUGCGAACUUAAAACUGAUGGCUGAACGAAUACGUGCCAAUCAAUAUCAAAAAAAGAUGAGUGAAGAAAGAGAGCGCACAGAAGAACGUAUUACUAGUUUGCAGAAUCAAAUCGAAGCUCAGCAACUCAUGAUAUCAAAAUUGGAGGAGACGGAAAAGCUUCUGAGGCAGAAAAACUCUCAUUUAGAGCACCAAUUGAGAUUGAUCGAGCAAGCUAAUGAUAUGCAUAAAAGGAAAGCAAUCGAAUGUUCACAGACAUCGGCUGAUUACAAGGCUCAGUUGGAGAAGUGCAACAGCCAGCUUAAUGAUGCACAGCAGGCCGUGACAACAAAAACUUCACAACAAGAGGUAGAUUCGUUCAAAAUAAAGCGUUUGGAAGAAGAGAAAAGUAUCCUGAGAAAGAAAUUAGAACGGACAAAGAAGAUGGAAAAAAUGGAGAAUUGGGAUGAAGUGCUGAAUGAAGAAAUUAGGGAACUCAAGGAUAUUUUGACUUGCCCAUCGUGUAAAGUGCGGAGAAAAGAUGCCGUACUAACGAAAUGCUUCCAUGUGUUUUGUAUGGAAUGUAUGAAGACACGUUAUGAGACAAGAAGACGUAAAUGUCCGAAAUGUAAUGCUGCAUUUGGUGCGAACGAUUAUCGUCGGAUGUAUUUCACAUAG